AUGGCAUCCAUAUUCACAUAUGAUCCUGACCCUCCGAGGGUGUCGUCUCCAUGGUCUACUUCGGGGUCUUCUACUCCCCAUCCUGCUGCCACGGGUGCUCGAGAUGUGGCUGUUAGAUCUCGUUCCAGCACGUAUCUUGGCCAUAAUGAUCCCGACUACCUGUCUGAUUAUGGUAUUACGAAGCUGGAGCCUGAGCCACAGGAAGGUCCUACGGAGUAUAAACUUCAUCUUCUCCUGCGUCCGCGAAGGCUGUACACAUCUAUGUCCACCGGCCACCUGGUGAGUGGUUCCUACCAUUCACGGGCGAGCUUGUCGUCUUCAGUUCCAUCUCCGUCAAGCUAUGAGACGAGUCCGCGGCUCACGAGCGCAAGACCGCAGCCGGCCAGGUCGGCUCAAAGCCGUCAACAGCGGCUGCAACAGUUAACGACGCAACUUCUGUGGCGCUUGCAGCAGUCGUCUCCGUUUCAUUCUUCUUCCACUGCUAAUCCAGUCCUGUCCGGGUCUCCGGAAGUAACUCCAAGGCUUGGCUUGCCUCCGCAGAAGCCUGUCCGGUUGCUACCUGGUCUUGAGGAGAGCCAGGGCGCUCUGUACGAGAUCGGGGUUGCCGAUGAUGGGACUUUAGUGGGUCUUACACCGGACGAGUUAGAAGAGAGUCUGACCACUCUGCAAACCAUGGCAGCCAGUCUGGGCUGCAAAGUGGAAAUUCUUCGUAGGGUCGUCGUUGGGACAUGUGAGUGGGUUGAAGAGCAGCAUACCGGUCGGGAGAAUGAGGCGAGUAAAUGUCGUGCGGAGAGCCUAUGGGUUGCCGAAGCGCUCGUCACACCGGAUUUAGAUUUUUAUAAAUCAUCGGGUUCAUUCAGAGAAUCAUCGCAAGUGAGAGCAUUCCAGGGACAGUCGGCCGAGGAGAGGACGGUAUUUCAAGGGGACUACUCCAGCACGGAACAGAUUCGUGUCUCCAUUACCGGUCCAAGCACCGCUGGAAAGUCAUCCCUAUUAGGCACUUUAACGACGUCUGUGCUUGACAAUGGACGAGGGAAAAGCAGAUUGAGCUUACUCAAGCACCGACAUGAAAUUUCAUCGGGAAUCACUAGCUCAGUCGCCCAAGAACUGAUCGGGUACGCAUCCAUGCCGUCUAGUUCGGAGGAUGUCGACAUUAUAAACUAUGCAUCCAGCAAUGUUGCUGCGUGGGAUGACAUCCAUGCAGCAUCUAAUGAUGGUCGGCUUGCCUUUGUUUCUGAUCUUCCUGGUCUAGUGCGCUACUCCAAGUCUACUCUAAGGGGGUUGAUCAGCUGGGCCCCUCAUUAUGUUAUGCUUUGUAUUCCGGCUAACAGCGAUGAGGAGAUUACGCCUGAUGCUAGCAGAGAUGCCGCUGAACAAAUAAUUGGGACUGAGCUUUGUUUGUCCUACCUGGUCCUUUGCAUGAAACUGGAGGUGCCAAUUUUGGUGGUAAUCACUAAGUUGGAUGUUGCAUCUCGAGCUGGCUUGAAGAACACUCUUAGCAAAGUUCUAUCGACGCUCAAAGUCGCGGGCAAGAAGCCUCUGAUGCUACACACACCGGGAAAGUGCUCAAACCUACAUCAGAUACAGACGGUAGACAGUGAAGAGAUAAGAAAAACGGUGACCGGUGUGCAGGAUUGGCUCUCCACGGUACCUAUAGUUCUCACCAGCGCUAUUGAUGGGUCUGGAAUAGGCAAGCUACAUGCUUUGCUUCGAUAUCUUCCCAUUCCGCAGCAUCCUCAGUUGAGAUCUAUCUCCUUGGAUAAACCAACGUUACCGCACUACUCCUCGUCGGAUAUUUUCGACAUCGACGAGGUUUUUGCGAUCCCCCCGUCAAAGGUGUAUUCCAUGUCUGCCGAACAGAGAUCUAAGGGGAAUGAAGGUGUUGUUUUAUGUGGCCUAGUGCGCUAUGGGACAAUCUCCAUAGGCGACAAGCUAGUCAUUGGACCUGUUCUGGUCGAUCAACAGAGCGACCAAGGCAGUUUGCCGAGUCAAAGAAUGCGGCUAGAACAGCAUUCGCCGCAAUCCUUGCGUAACAGGCAGCCUUCGGGGGAAUUUUCGACUUCGUACUUCCAUGGCUUUCAUUCACCGAAAUUGCCUACCCCAGUGCAUGCACGCUGGCAACUUGUUCAGGUUGUCAGUGUCAGAAAUCUCCGAUUACCCGUUCGAAGUCUUACACAGGACCAAGUCGGCACUAUCGGAAUCGAGCCCGUAUGCACCCCUGGAGAAGGCGACAACCCUCCUAGUCUUGGCAGGGUGCGAAAGGGAAUGGUUCUAGCUAAAUUUCGAGAACCGUCAGUUGAAAAACCGGCAGCAUUCUAUACUGGGUUUGUCGCUAAAUUUCCGUUUAGCGAAUUCUCCCCGUCUGUGUCUCCUCCCUUGCUUCUUGGCGGAAACGCCAUCGUUUACAUCGCCAAUGUCCGUGCCACCGUAAAAGUGGCCUGUGUAACUCUCGCGGAAGACGAAGUUAUCUCGUCACCCCCCUCGCCUACGGAGCCCGAGUUUUUCAGCUUCGACCAUGACAUCGGUGACCUGGAACGGGGUCAGAACGGUGGUGGGAAUGGCAAUGGCAAUGGCAGUGUUCAACCUGAAUUGAACAAGGUCAUAUCACGCUCGUCCUUUAAUACUACACGUGAAGAUAUUUGGAUUACAUUCUCCUUCGUUUCGUCGAUUGAAUGGCUUGAGGUUGGGUCACGGGUGCUUCUCAUGCCUGGGGCUUCCAUGGCAUCUUCUACCAGUGGUGAUCCUGUGGCACUUUCUGGCCUCGAGGGGUUUGUUGGAAGAGUCUGCGAUGUUCUAGCCGGCAGCGGUUGUGGAGAGAAAUGA